AUGUCAUCCAAUUGGAAUCCCAGCAACUACGGCUCCGAGCAGGGCAACUUUGCCAGCCGUGCUCGCGACGAAGUUAAAAACCUUGCAAAGAAGGGCACCGAACAGGCUCGCUCUGGAGGAUCUGGUGGCUUUGGUUCGCAGAACAAGAAUGACAUUUCCUCUGCCCAGGGAGGAAAUCAGAAUCAAUCCUCUGGAGCUGGCCUCUGGAACAGCAGCAGCAGCAACAAGGAGGCCAGUGGAUAUGGCACUGGCUACAAUACUCGCGGAUCUCGUUCCAGCAAUGACAACACCAACACCGGCGACUACUAUGACUUCCCUGAAGAAUAA